CGCUGGCAGCAGAUUCUGCGCUCCAAGUCCCGAAUCCGCCGUGAUGCCGUGGGCGAAGCUAUGGUAGUUAUUGCCCCGACUGAGUUCGCUGCCGGGUGCGAAGUGCGUCUGAAGUCAUCCGCCACCACCACUCAUGACCUCGGAGCAACUGACUUACCAGCUCGUCUAGAUUAGUUCAUAUCGCAUGUAUUUCAGAGCUUUUUUUGUAGCAAGUUUCUGGAUUUUAUAGGUCUAGUAAUGAUUCAUUGCGUUCCUUUCGCUAGAUAUAUUUGAACUGAAAAUCAGUCGCUGUGCCUGCGCAGUCUUUUUUUCCGUGUCAUUCUUGCUCUCCCUUUCACUCCUCCCUCCUUCCCAGUUCUUCCUAUAACAACCCGGCACUGCAGGCUGCUGGGCUUUUUAACAAGGUGCCACUACUGUUGAGCUGCCAGGGCAGUAGCAUCGCUGCGCCUCUGCACAUCUGACAGGAACGCAGGCGCCUUCUCUUCCCCCCCAUCCUCUCAGGAAGUAUACCACACAGCCUUCACGUAUCUCGCUGCGGGCAGAAAAGGAGGCAUCGAUUUCGCGUUGCGGGUGGCAGUGAUAUUAGCUUUAGACUGUCGUUAGCCUGAGCUGUUAACCUUUAACUUGCUCGGCUCCUGCUGCUGCUACCGCUACCUCCAUUGCUGUUGCUGGCUGCGUCCUGCCAUCCUCCCCCCCUCCGCUCUCGGUGUGGGUAGUGUGGAAUGGACGCCCUCGCUGCUGCUCUGUUCAUGGAAUCGCAGUUUGCCGUCGUUAUCGCAGCUGUAGCCUUUCGGUGGUGACAACAUGCCGUUGAAAUGGAAAAGCGGUUCUCCCGUCAGCUGGAAAUUCCCAGUGCCCGUCCUUAAAACCUCCAGGUCCUCUCCACUCUCGCCAGCCUACAUCCACCAACACUCCUUUGUGGUGUGGACAACCCACUCUCUCCUCGCUGCCUCUCCGACUUACCACCUGACGGGGGCUUUGACCAGCUGAGGAUAGAGGGGCUGCUGUGCGACGUGACGCUGGUGGCGGGCGACGGAGACGAGGCCUUCCCCGUGCACAGAGCCAUGAUGGCCUCCUCCAGCGACUACUUCAAAGCCAUGUUUACAGGUGGGAUGAAGGAGCAGGAUUUGAUGUGUAUUAAGCUUCACGGUGUAAAUCGGAUAGGACUGAAGAAGAUCAUCGACUUCAUCUACACAGCCAAGCUCUCGCUCAACAUGGAGAACCUUCAGGACACUCUGGAGGCAGCCAGCUUCCUGCAGAUUCUCCCCGUGCUCGACUUCUGCAAGGUCUUUCUCAUCUCCGGGGUCUCAUUGGACAACUGUGUGGAGGUGGGCCGCAUCGCCAACACUUACAAUCUGACGGAGGUGGACAAGUACGUCAACAACUUCAUCCUGAAGAACUUCCCCUCGCUGCUGGCCACGGGCGAGUUCGUCAAGCUCCCCUUCGAGCGGCUGGCCUUCGUGCUGGCCAGCAACGCGCUGAAGCAGUGCGGCGAGCUGGAGCUGUUCAAGGCGGCAUGCCGCUGGCUGCGCUCCGAGGACGGGCGCAUGGAGCACGCCGCGCGGCUCAUGCGCAACAUCCGCUUCCCGCUCAUGAGCCCGAGCGAGCUCAUCAACCAUGUGCAGACGGUGGACUUCAUGCGCACGGACAACACGUGCGUCAACCUGCUGCUGGAGGCCAGCAACUACCAGAUGAUGCCCUACAUGCAGCCGGUCAUGCAGUCGGAGCGCACGGCCAUCCGCUCGGACGCCGCGCACCUGGUGACGCUGGGCGGCGUGCUGCGGCAGCAGCUGGUGGUCAGCAAGGAGCUGCGGCUCUUCGACGAGAAGGCGCACGAGUGGAAGGCGCUGGCGCCCAUGGACGCACCGCGCUACCAGCACGGCAUCGCCGUCAUCGGCAACUUUCUGUACGUGGUGGGCGGCCAGAGCAACUACGACACCAAGGGCAAGACGGCGGUGGACACGGUCUUCCGCUACGAUCCGCGCUACAACAAGUGGAUCCAGGUGGCGUGCCUCAACGAGAAGCGCACCUUCUUCCACCUGAGCGCGCUCAAGGGUUACCUGUACGCCGUGGGCGGGAGGAAUGCCGCUGGCGAGCUGGCCACUGUGGAAUGCUACAACCCCAGGACCAACGAGUGGACGUACGUGGCCAAGAUGAACGAGCCACACUACGGCCACGCAGGCACGGUCUACGGAGGACUCAUGUACAUUUCAGGCGGCAUCACCCAUGACACCUUUCAGAAGGAGCUAAUGUGCUUCGACCCGGACUCGGACAAGUGGACGCAGAAGGCGCCCAUGACCACGGUGCGCGGGCUCCACUGCAUGUGCACGGUGGCCGACCGGCUCUACGUGAUCGGCGGCAACCACUUCCGGGGCACGAGCGACUACGACGACGUGCUGACGUGCGAGUACUACAGCCCGUCGCUGGACAUGUGGACGCCCAUCGCCGCCAUGCUGCGCGGCCAGAGCGACGUGGGCGUGGCCGUCUUCGAGAACAAGAUCUACGUGGUGGGAGGCUACUCGUGGAACAACCGCUGCAUGGUGGAGAUCGUGCAGAAGUACGACCCGGAGAAGGACGAGUGGCACAAGGUGUUUGACCUGCCCGAGUCGUUGGGCGGCAUCCGGGCGUGCACGCUGACCGUCUACCCGCCCGAGGACCUGUCGGCCGGCUCACCCACGCGAGAAUCGCCGCUGUCAGCGCCUUGAGAAUGGAGAGGGGGGGAGGAUCAAGAGAGAGACUGAUAGACUGAUAGAGACAGAGUUAUAAACAGAGAGAGAGCGAGAGAGGUUCGUGAGAGAACAAACUGAAGGACAAUAUGGACGGACGGAUGGAUACGCAGCCUGGCCCCCCUCCUUUACCCCCCGUCACUCCAUCCCUCCUUCUCACCCCUUUGUCUGGAUAUUAAAAAUUGCCCCCCUCCCAUCCUUGACACCCGUUACACUACACACACACACACACACAUACACACAUACACACACACACACAUGCCUGCACAUACACUCCUGUAUACAUGAUUUGCACUUCCCUGUUGGACUGAUGAAGGCGCCUUCAGUGACACCCUUAAGGAUCAUGCCACUGCCCUGCUUCACCUUGAGCUGUGCAGAAAAUUACCCCCCCCCCCCCCCACCAUUCUAUUGCCCCAGAAACAAUGAGGAAAAAAAACGAAAUGCUUUUGUGCGAAGUUUUUCGGUUUGGCAACCUAAUUACAUGUUCAUGUUGCAUACUCCUUUUUUUCUUUCAUUUCUUCUCGGCAGCAAACAGACACACACUCACACACACACACACACACACACACACACACACACACACACACACACACACACACACACACAGACACAGACACAUAUAUAUACGGUCACACAUUGACUUGAAUGAAAACGAGUGACUUUGCAAUUCAACUUUUCUACCUGAUGUCUUUUGAAUUUAUUAUUAUUAUUAUUAUUAUGUCAGAUGGAUUUUUUGUUUAUUUGUUUUGUUUUAUUUUAUGUUGGUCUGCGGCAGGUGAGGGGGCUGACCUCACAGGACAGGUCGAAGGUUAAAGGUGAAACUCAGAGGGUGGCCCGGCGCCCCGUCCCACGCUCACCCUCUCAACCCACUCCCCCCCCCCCCAGUACCCUCUUUUUAUCAGUUCUUCUUCCUGCUCUUGAACUGUUCGAAAAAAUGGUGUUUUAUAAGUUUAAUAAAUGAGAUUUACUAAAAAAAUAUA